UCUAUUUCUCAAGUCCAGCAGUGCGCAGUAAGUUUUGACAGCUCUGCGAAGUUCUAGUUUCAUUUGAAGAUUAACCCAUUUGUUUCGGCAACGUAAAUAGUAAGUAUAACACCAUGUCCACCCCCGUUGGUCCGGAGCCGUGCAACGUGGUGUGCCCCAGCUGCCGCCAGCAGGUUACCACCCGCAUAGAGCCGAAGGCCACCACCAAGACCCAUCUGAUAGCCCUGAUCAUGUGCCUCACCUGCUGCUGGCCCUGUGCCGGGUUCCUCUACUGCACCAAGUGUGCCCGGAACUCCGACCACAUGUGUCCAUCUUGCAACGCCUUUAUCGGCACCUACGAGCGUUGAGCCCCUUCGAUUUCGAGGUCAAGCCUUUCCGCGGUCUGCGGCCAGCAGCCCCGUGCCCAAAUGCAGCCUACCACUUAACUCAUAUUCCGUUGUUACCUCUCUCACAUUUAUAACUACGCAAUAUUUUGAUGUCAAGCAAAACAUUGUAGUACCAGCUUAAGCUUUUGUAUUCUUAUCAAAUUAAUAAAAAGAUUCAAGGAAGAAA